AUGACCUACAUCGCAAAUUCUUUGAAUCUACAUGACAUAUUCAACUUAAGUCUCGUUUGCCAGCAAUUCAGGUAUCUCGUGGACAAUGAUGAUAUUUGCCGGGCCGCUUUGGAGACUCAUGCGCCGUAUUCAGCUGAUUUCCUAGCUGCCCGCUCCUCUAAGCAUUAUGCUCGCUGCUUGCGGCGACUGGUCAAGCUUCGGGACGCUAUCGCCACUGCCAAGCCAUACACCACAGCUCUGGUCGCUCAUGCAGUUGACUUCAUCUACUGCAACGGCACGCUUUGUUAUACGGAAAGUUACGAGGUUUUGCGUCUCCUUAAUCUGCAUGCCUCAUCGGACUCGGAGGACAUCAUCGAUACUCGAAUGCUGCUCCAAUCCUUUCCAGGGGCGAAUCUCGCCAACAGCAAGUACAAAUUCCGUCCAAUAUACUUCGCCCAUGGAGUAUUGUCUUGUCUUUACAGCCCACCCAAGACUGAAGGUUACAGUCGCCUCGUUGUCAUCAACUUGGAGAAGAAGACACUUCUGACAGCCCAACGUCUCGAGUCAACCUCCAAGCUAUUUGUACGCAAUAACCAGAACUACCUCUACUACGGCACUCACUCGGUGACUGGGGAUGAUGGAUUCAAACGAUGGGUCCUACGGCGAUUUGAUCUACAGACCAAGCAGUGGAUACCUGGUCACUUGGAUCUCGAAGACCUAGCUGGUUCAGACAUCGGAACGACCGUUUGUUUCGAAAUAAUUGAUGACUAUUUUUAUGGCUUAUCUAGCCUGAACAGUUUCGAAGUAUACGAGACGGAUUCGCUAUCGUAUUAUUACGGGUUUCGGUUGCCUGUGGGCAGUACUCAGCCCGGAGACAUGCAGCUGGCGUCGAAAGAGUCUAUGCUGAGGCGAGAUCACAAAGACGGCCCGAUAGAUGAUCGAUGGAGUACUUUGCAGCUCGCGAAAGACUUGGUCACGGGAAACAUCACGGUGUUUGAAUGUCGAAGGGAAUGGCUCGUCAACGAAUCUUCCAGCGCGAGAACAGCAUACCGAAAGGAGAUAAUUUUUGCCGCUCCCGCUGACCCUGGUGAAAGAGAUACCGAAGCUGACACACACCAAACCGUUUAUAUGUCAACCCCGCGCUGCUCGUCUGCUAAGUUAGUCACAUUGGAGAAGCAAGGGAACACAACCUACGUUCACAGAGGCGAUGACGGCUCAACAUCGCCGACCAUAACAUUAAGCCAAUGCUUUAUACGUUCUUAUAAUCAGUCUUGCGAGACAUUCAUUGACCUGGUAAACGAUCCUGUCGCUACCGAAUCGAUUACGCAAAGACCGCAAAUACGUUCAAUUUCUCGUUUCCCCCAGAGCGGAACCGGCCGGGUUCCGAAGGAGUCACCAGCUGACACUUCUGCUCAGGUCUCCCACCAGACCCAUAGGCCUAACGAGAUCUCAUCGUGGCCACCAGAGGUCGACGUGAGCCAACGAAAUGUGCAUCUUGACGCAUUGGAUAACAUACUCUAUCCCAAAGGCCAGACUACAUUCGGUAACAUCUCGGGGGUAAUGGAUGAGCGCUCUUUGGUGUACGCCAUUGGGCAAAGGGGAUCUCAAACCAGACGGCCUUUGGUCUUCAUCUGUUUUGGCCCUUCCAUUAAGCUCACCGGACUCGCUCGGUGGCCUGGCGGCCCAACAAGACCACCUUGCAACCACAAAGCGACAGAAGGCGACAAUGCGAGAGAUUCGGGGCCCUAUCCUACGCCGCAGUCCCUGCCGGUGUCUGCUCCUGGUUCGAGAAACUCUUCCUUUAGUGAAGGGUUCAAUCCUGACCCGUCACAAACAUCUGCCAACGUGCAGGAGGGCAUCGGCAGACCAGACGCGCCAUCCUGGAUAAGAAGAGCCUCGGCCGCAUAUUUACAACCCAUAUCUGCUCUUGAAAAUCCUGUUGGUUUCAACUUUGCGUUUUGCAAGGAUCACUCGGUCCCGUGCCGGUGUUGCUGA